CCCGCGCGCUGGGCCAUGGGCGCCGCCGGCUCGUGGGCCCCGCGCCGCCUCGGCCUCCCCGCGCCCUCCCGGCCCGCCUGGCUCGCGGGGGCGGCGCUCGGCCUGGCCGCCGCGGCGCUGGGGACGGUGGCCUGGCUCCGCGCGCGGUCCCGGCGGCGCGGGCGGCUGCGGCAGGUGGGCACCGUGGCGCAGCUCUGGAUCUACCCGGUCAAGUCGUGCAAGGGCGUGCGCGUGAGCGCGGCGGAGUGCACGGCCCUGGGGCUGCGCUGCGGGCACCUGCGGGACAGGUUUUGGCUUGUGAUCAACAAGAAGGGGAACAUGGUUACGGCUCGGCAGGAACCUCGCCUGGUCCUGAUUUCCCUGACUUGUGAGGGUGAUGUCCUGACCCUGGGUGCAGCCUACACGAAAGACCUGCUGUUGCCCAUCAAGACACCCACCACGAAUGCAGUGUACAAGUGCCGAGUGCAUGGCCUGGAGGUCGAGGGCAGGGACUGUGGAGAGGCUGCGGCCCAGUGGAUAACUAGCUUCCUGAAGACGCAGCCCUAUCGCCUGGUGCACUUCGAGCCUCACCUGCGACCGAGAUAUCCUCACCAAAUGAUGGACGUGUUCCGGCCCACAGACCAGAUUGCGUAUGCAGAUGCCAGCCCAUUCUUGGUCCUUUCUGAGGCAUCGUUGGCAGAUCUCAACUCCAGGCUGGAGAAGAAAGUUAAAAUGACUAACUUCAGGCCCAAUAUCGUGAUUUCAGGAUGUGAUGCAUAUGCAGAGGAUUCAUGGGAUGAGAUUCUUAUUGGGGACGUGACACUGAAAAGAGUAAUGGCUUGUUCUCGGUGCAUUUUAACCACGGUGGACCCAGACACCGGCGUCAUGAGCAGGAAGGAGCCGCUGGAGACCCUGAAGAGUUAUCGUCUGUGUGACCCUUCUGAGCAGAAGCUAUAUGGAAAGUCACCGCUCUUUGGGCAAUAUUUUGUUCUGGAAAAUCCAGGGGCAAUCAAAGUAGCAGACCCUGUGUACCUACUGGGCCAAUGAUGGGAAUCAUGUCCUGGAAGAUCAGAUACCUUUAAAAAAAUGUCCUCAAAAACACCAACACUGGAAGCACAGUUCUGGAACUGACACCUCAGCACUUUCCUUAGGUCUGUGACUUCAGGUUUUUUGUCUUUCGGACGUCCUUGUGCCUCAGUGUUCCCCAGUGUCUUUGCACAGGGUGAAGAAAUACAGUCUUGAUAACUUAAGAGGACUUCAGUAAGUCAUUUAAGUGACAAGACAAAAUUCUAAAAAUCCCUUGUGUAACUACGACUGUGGGUUUCAUUUUCCUUCUUUUCCAUUUAGCCAUCCAGAGGGCUAACCUCCCUCAUCUCAAUACCACUCUGUAGGGAAAGAGAAGAGAAGAGCAAGGGGAAAAGUGGGCAAGAGAGAAGAAUGUUCUGGAAGAAUGCGAUGGGAAUGAACUAGCUCCCCAAAUAAGGCCUAGAGUGUCACAUCACUCUUCUCCUCGGGCCCUAGACUAGCUUUUGAGAAGCCUGACCUUCAGGAAACGCUUGAGAUGUUACUUUUCCAUAGAUCACCUGGGAUCUGACCCUCUUGCAUCUCAGACAAUGUCCCUGAGGGUUUGAUGGAUUCUUCAUAGCACACGGUGUUUCUGGGCUGGAGAAUGGCAGACAGGUUAGGGUAGAAAGUCAACUCAUGAGAGCAGCGUUGUUGUCAGACUCUGAUAUGGAACGUGUGACAAGCAAGACGCAAACUUCCUCACCUUGAGACAAAAUAUCAGAUACAUCUUGGUUUUCCAACAUAAGACAGUGGGCAGUAGCGCUAGCGAGGGGAAGACUGCUAGUUCCAUGUUGUCUGAGGUGCCCUUUAAUAUCCCCCAGGGAAAUGAUGGCGUCCCCUUGGCAGAGGAGCAAAAAGAAGCCAACUGGAGAGCAUGCCACCUAGUGGUGUUGACUGAUAGCUCAGCCCAUGCUGUGGAAAAGAUUGAAAAAAAUACUGUGGAUGGGUUUUAAUUUUCCAUUCCUGAAUUUUUUUUUUUAUAGAAGUGAGGGGUACCCCCUCCAGGUGCUCUUUGCUUCUCAGUUAUAGGUAUUUUAUUUCCUAAAAGCUCUCAGAAGGGUGGCUGUGCUGUCACAAAGCCCUCCAGGAUCCUUGCUGGGCCCGUCAACUCAUGACUGGGUACGCCUCUUCACAUUCGGGGUGAGAAAGUUCUAGAGUCCAUGGAUGAGAAGCAAUGUGAUUUUGUGAUCUGAAAUAAACCACCGAAAACCUUUCAAAGGAGAAAAGGAAAGCAUGUUCUAGUUCAUUAAAAACCAGUAUCGAAUCUUUCUACUGAUCCAAUGAUUUAACUCUAAGAUCUGAUGAGCCAUUUGGCAUUUUGUUCUUAGGAAGCUGACCAAAUCAUGAAAAAAUGUUCCCAAACUGUAAGUAAAUGGAAGCUACUUUGACUAGUUUCAGAUCUUACUAACUUCUUGGCACAGAAAUCAGACUCUGAGGCUGACUGAUGUGAACGGGCAAUAAUUCUGCUACCUGACCAGGGCCCGGGCUCUUACAAAUGGACCUGCUCAUACACGGCUUCCCCAGGCGAACACCCAUCUUUGACGGGCUGUCAAGUGAACAUGCUUUUUACCAAAAGCCGUGCAUUUUCCACAUCGGGUUUAUAAAAGAGGAUAGUAAUCAUUGGAAUCUAGCCGAGCUCUGAGGUAACAUUAGAAGUUAACAGGUGCACACGUCUAUGUUUUCUGGUUGGCGGAUGAUCGCAGUAUGUUUUCCGCACACAUGGUGUGAAGUGGAGAAUGAAAACGAUUAAUCGGGUGAUCUGGCCCAUCACCUUCCCUGAUAAAUCCACUUUAUGCUGAAACUACAGAUGACUUGAAGCAAAAAUAAGAGUUCAGCGAGUCACGUUUCUAAUGGGACUUUGGGAACCCAUGACAGGAUGCACACAGGAUUUAAGAAACUGUGUGAAUAUUGACUCUGAGGGUGGCCAGUGGUUAGGCACCGGUGAGAAACCCAAGGUUGUUUUGGUGGCUGUUCCCAGAGAUUUGUAAUCAGUGGCCAGAUGAAUGCCUUGGACCCAAAUUUCUAACCCUUUGUGAAUAGUAACAUUGACUUCCCCGGUGACCCAUUUGGUGUCAAAGGCCAUACUUCCUGCAGACCCUGUCAUUGUCAUGCAGAGGGGGUUCCCCAGACACCAUCAUUUGUCGAGAGUCCCCUUCUGCCCCUCAGAAUGUGAGGAAGAUUCCUGUCUGGACAGAGAAGUUCCAAUGACCUCUAGAAUCUCAGAGCAGUUGCCAAGCUUUCCGUCAGCGAGAUUUAAAAGCCAUUUACUUGUGUUUAUUUUAUAUUUAAUGAGUUGGUUCAUGCCAAAGCCCGGGCUGAUGUCUCGUUCGUUUAUUUUGGAUAUUGAACAUUUGCACACAAUUCCACUUGAAAUAUAGGAUCGGGAAUAUAGACAGUCUCAGACUCUCAGAAAGGUCUUACGGCUUGUGGGUGAUGGACAUUCGAGGUCAAGCCAAAAUAUCCACUCUUGAUGGGUGUUGUGUUUCAUUCUGGGUGGCAACUUUGUGCUGUAAUCACAGCAGAGAGUUACCAACCAGGAGCUGGAGAUCCUGAAAAGAAAACUGUGAGAAAGGCUCUGUCGGGCAGACUGCUCCAAGGCUCACUUUCAUGGCUUUUCCACAGAGAAAGUUGGAGCUUCACAACCAGGAGACAGAGCAACGACUUCUACACACAAGGUCAGAAAAGAAUCAGAUUAGGCCCGACGGAAAUCCGGCAGUUGUGUGGCAAUGAGAGAUCCUCCUGUCUUUCUGCCCUUAGAGCUGUGGGGGCAAGGUGAGGAGGUGUGCUUGUUGGGGGCUGCCAAUUUGGUAAGAGUAUGUGGAGGCCAGGCCAGCUUGUGACUUUGGGAAACUAUCUGUGAGGCUGUCACCGACAGCGAUGGCAGGCCGGAGCUCCUGGCAUGUGUCCCCAGAAUUCCGAUAGUGUCACAAAUUGGAGCGGUCCUUGAUGGUGGAGAGCAGGUGGUCAAGAGUCACUCAAAUGGCUGGAGUGCCUCUCACACCAGGCUUCGAUUGUAGGUCUAACCCGGGGGUUGGUGCUCUACCCUAAUACUACACUUCCCUAGGUUUUGUUGGUCCCUGAAAUUCUGGAACUUUGCCUAAAAAAGAUCCAUGGACCAAUAACUCUGGGAAGUCCUUCAGGCCUCUCUUUAGGAUUUCUUCAAAGGCCUAGCAACUCACUGGAGGCUUGGGACCUGCACUGAAGAGUUCUGUUUAACACUGCCCUUCCCCAAACUCAUAUCUGAUGCCCUCCUGAGAAACGUGUUCUGACCCCCAGAUCUCUAGAGGGAGCACCAGCCAGGGGCAAGGAGUCACGAUGAGCAAGAGUGGUGCCCCCAUGAGAAGGCUGAAGAAGUUAAAAGAGCCCCCAACCACAUGAAGGAGACCUCUCUUGGGAUGCUUCCUCUUGUCUUAUCCCUGGUCCCUGGACUGAGGCUUAAAAGGUUAAAAAAGGAGGUGUGGCGAGAGCGUCUUAGACCAGCUCUCUUCUCAUGGGCCUUGGGGAGAUGCAUUCCUUUUCCUGUGACUCAUUUUCCAAACCUGCAUUCAUGGGUGGAUAGGGUGGUGGAUCAGGGUUGAGGGGGUGGACACAGACUCUAGCCUUGGCCUCACAACAGCACCACACUAGUUCUCUAGGAUGCUUUAUGCACCAGGGAGGGGCACUAUCUUCCCAUCUGUUAGCUUUUCCUUUCCCUUGUGACUUGUCAACUAGAAUUGCUCCCCACUACAUUCAGCAGGACGACUGCAGGGGUCCUAUUGCCCCUGCCCAUACAAAUAUACUCACUUUAUCCCACGAUCUUACAUUUGGAAGAACAGUGUUUGCUUCUACCACUUUCUUAGAAAUGGACAAGUGAGUUAUGAUAGUGUCUGAAGUUGCCCAAUUUCAAGCAAGAGGAAGAAUUUGGUCGAAGGAUUCAACAAGUGCUCUUGGAAUUGGGAUAAUAGAAGUGUACCUGAGGUAUCCCUUUGUCUGCUUUGCCUGUACUCUAUGCAGAGGAAGGGGCCUAGGCAGCAGCUCUGACGGUGAUCCUGUCCUCCCUCAAAACAAAGCUGAUAGGGGACCGGCCAUCUGGUCCCGUCCUCUUUGGCCUAGCUCAGAAAGAGGAGUUGCCCUAACCACAUUAUUAGUCAUCCUGGACAGGCUGUAUUAACCAAAGGGCCUGAGAAGUAUCUUCUCAUCUAGCUUCUUCCAAGCCUGAUUUGGAUGGGUAGGUCAAGUUCACUCACGUUGGCUAUUGACCAACCUAAUCUACUCACCCUUUGUGGUCCUUGGUCAUGUUCCCUUACCCUCAGAGAGCGUUCUAGACUGCUCUUCCUCCUACCUCCCUCAUGAAACCCACGGCCCCUGACUCUUUCCCUUCAUUUCCUGCUCUAUGCCUUCUCCCAAUUCCCGACCCGUAUUCCAGACUCCGGUUCUGGUAGUACCCUGUGGGAUGGAAGUCAAGGCUCACUUCUCUCUCUCUCUCUCUGUCUCUCUUUGGGAUUUGCUGGGAGUAUUGUAAAUAAAGUAUUGUCGUAAUUAUUUCUGAUUAAUAUUUUUACACCUGAUGAAGUUUCAAAGGGAUGGGGUUUACUUGGCCUAGGGGAGGGGCACCUUCCAGAUGACUUGCCCAGCAAUUAAAGCGGCUUGUUAGUUGGAGGCCCAGGAUGGCCGAGGACAGCUGGAGAGCUCUUCUCUGCAAGCAGCUCUGGUUAACAUCAACCGGGAAAGCUCUUUGUAAACACAUGAAUAAUUGAUCGUCCGGCGCUCACAUAGCUACUGAGGAUCUGAGCCUGUAUGACUCAUUUGCAAGCCAUUCCUGUCGUCUGGAUGCCAUAACAUUGGAGGAAUGAUGAUGGUUUCUUGGAGAUUCUUCUGUGGCCAGAGUUGCCAAGACCAAGGCUGUAAUGGUUUGUUAUGAUGACCUUUGUUAUUCCAUUAGGCUCAAUUGCUUUAAAAAAUGAUGUGUGCAUACUUUAGGAACGUUUUUACCCUUUACGUUGACCUGACAUCAUAGUUUAUAUUACAAAAUGUAUUAAUGACAGAGGAGUGUUUUCAUGUCCCAAGGACAAAUUUUAACAACCAUAAUCUGCCCUUAGUCAUCAUAAAUAUAAAUGUAUUGGUCAAACAGAUCUCGUUAAUGUGGCCAAGAUAAAUGCAAGUCUAUAUUUUAAGGCAUUUGAAGUUCUAGAGAAUAGUUGGAGCUUUUUGUGGGGCUAAGAGAUCUUGUAUAUGUGCUAUCAAAAGGCUGAGAAAAUUAACAUGCUUCCCCCUCUGGUUUUUCCUUGGACAGAUAUAAACGUCUUGGGGAUGUCAAGUAAGAUUGUUCACAUAGUUUCUGGACUCCGUUAAUGCUUGGUGGGGUGAAGCUUAGUUCUUAAAGCUGUAUUCUUUUCAUGAUGCUCGCAGUGCUUCUGAAAAGAACAAAAUAAAGAUUUCAAGACUUA